GCAAUUUGCCAUGAAUUUGCAUAAUGGAAAAGAAACAAGGAAAUGUAAAAUGUAUAAGUAGAGACCAUUGGUGGCUGUUGGUUCUCGACCCUUUUGUCCAAAUGGCAUUCGGAUGUGCACUCCUCUACAUCCGAUUGGCCGCCUUUCUAUCAGCUGUCAGCAAUUCGUGCCGUCGAAUCAUCUUCCUCCAGCUGCCGCUGCUUCGACUCCUCGCCGUGCUCGCGAUUUCACCUGUUUCCUGCUCUUCGUCGACUUCUGUCACCUUCAAACGUGAUUCGCGUUGCAUCGACCACAUCAUAUACUGCUACUACAACUACAGUCUCAUGUGAGGCUCCUGCAUCACUUCAACUUUGCAUCGAGUUCGUAGCUACACUAGCUACAUUGGCUGCUUCGUCAUUGCUAAUUAACUGCAAAAGCAGUGCAUGCAACAGCAUGCCAAAUCAUUGGUAUGCUGUUUCUCAACACCCAUGGCAGUUCCAAUGCUGCUUUAAUCAGCGGCAGCAAGCUUCGACACCGGAUGACCGUGAUCAGCCAGUGUAGCGGUCAUGGAUUAGAGUUGGAGAUUACCUUCAAUACAUCUUGUCAGACUCGCACAUGAGCAGCCGUGCAGCAACUUGUUACCGGGGGAACACAGACUGUCGUGGCUUUCGCCGUGAUCGGGAAGUUGGCUAAACGCGGGGAAAGAGCAAUGGAAACACUUUUCGUAACA